AUGCUGCCCCCUGGAGAUCAGGGGGAGGAAAUGCAUUCUGUGUACAUGCUGCCCCCUGGAGAUCAGGGGGAGGAAAUGCACUCUGUGUACACAUCAGCUACUGGAGAUCAGCAGGAAGAACUUCACUUUGUAUACACAUUGGACUCUGGAGAUCAGGAGGCUGAACCGCACUCUGUGUACACUCCACCCUCUGGAGAUCAGGAGGAGAAAAUGCAUUCUUUCUACACGCAGCCCUCUGGAGAUCCGGAAGCGGAACUGCACUCUGCGAACACUCCGCCCUUUGGUGAUCAGGAGGAGGAACUGCACAAUGUGUACCCGCUACACUCUGGAGAUCAAGACGAGGAACUGCACUUUGUGUACUCACUGCCCUCUGGAGAGCAGGAGGAGGAACUGCACUUUGUGUACUCACUGCCCUCUGGAGAGCAGGAGGAGGAGCUGCACUUUGUGUACACAUCGUGGUCUGUAGAUCAGGAGGAGGAGACGCACUCUGUAUACAGAUCGCCUUCUGUAUAUCAGGAGGAGGAAAUGCAUUCUGUGUACAGAUCGCCCUCUGGAGAGCAGGAGGGCAAACUGCACGCUGUGUACACGCUGCCCUCUGGAGAUCAGGAGGAGGUAAUGCAUUCUGUGUACAGAUUGCCCUCUGCAGAUCAGGAGGAGAAACUGCACUCUGUGUACACACUGCCCUCUGGAGAUCAGGAGGAGGAACUGCAGUCUGUAUACACACUGCCCUCUGGACAUCAGGAGGAGGAACUGCACUCUGUAUACACACUGCCCUCUGGAGAUCAGGAGGAGAAACUGCAGUCUGUAUACACACUGCCCUCUGGAGAUCAGGAGGAGAAACUGCAUUCUGUGUACAUGCUGCCCUCUGGAGAUCAGGAGGAGAAACUGCACUCUGUGUACACACCACCCUCUGGAGAUCAGGAGGAGGAACUGCACUCUGUGUACACGCCGCCCUCUGGAGAUCCGGAGGAGGAACUGCACUCUGUGUACAUACCGCUCUCUGGAGAUCCGGAGGAGGAACUGCACUCUCUGCACACACCGCCAUUUGUAGAUCAAGAGGAGGAACUGCACUUUGUGUAA